AUGUUUGCUAAACCCAAGGUAGCGCAAUUUCCGAUUUCUGUCAGUCCUGGGGUUUACGGCGGUGUUGAUGUGUACCUGGGAAGCGGUCCUUUUGUUUGUUUCUCCCCUGUCUGCUCCGAAGAUACGUGGGAUGGGCAGAAUACUGAUCGAAAUAGUGGCGCAUCCUAUGGCUUGAUAAAUGGCGGCAAGGGAGGCAUGAUAUACACCUAUUUAGGAGGUCUCGCCGGGUUCAGUUUUGUCAUUCUGUCGAUGGCUGAAAUGGCAUCCAUGUAUUUAUUUGCCUGA